UUGAGCUGAGUUGUCAAAAAUAUUGAAAUGUUUAAUGUGAAAUGCAUAAACAAUGGGCUCGUUAAAAUAUAAUCAGUAGGCUCGAUAAAAUUGUUUAUUAUCUAUCCAACAAGAUAAGGUAUCUAUAAUGAAUACAAAUAUAAAAUUGAGCGAAAGGAAUUUCAAAAAUUAUGUAAAAAUAUUUUGUGUUAUCGAUUUGAGAAAAGGGCAAUGAAUUUUAUGCUAAAGACAGUUGUUUUAUUUGUGUGCACAACUACGAUUUUAAGUUAUAGAAUUCCUAAGAAUAUUAAAGAUUUUGGGAAAAUUGAUGAGCCCGACAUAUACAGAAAUGUGUCUGAAUUAAUCGUAUCUAAAGGUUAUCCUUUGGAAGAACAUACCAUCGAGACUUCCGAUGGGUAUUUGCUCUCAGUACAAAGAAUACCCAAUGGUAGGAAACAACUGUACAGUCAGAAAAGCAAGCCAGUAGUCCUUAUGCAGCAUGGACUUCUGUCAGCUGGAUCUGAUUGGGUACUCAAUUUUCCCCAUCAAAGUUUGGGUUUUAUAUUAGCUGACCUGGGGUAUGACGUAUGGAUCGCCAAUUCAAGAGGAAAUUAUUACUCAAGGCAACAUAAAACCUUGAAGCCAAGUGAAUAUGCAUUUUGGAAUUUCAGUUUUCAAGAAAUGGCGGAAAAGGAUUUGCCAGCGAUGAUGAAUUACAUGUUAAACAAGACAGAGCAGAAACAGCUAUUUUAUGUCGGUCAUUCUCAAGGCACGACAGUUUUAUUCGCACUUCUGUCGGAAUACCCAGAAUGGAACGAAAAGAUCAAACUUUUUAUUGCUUUGGGUCCAGUGGCCACCGUAGGAUACAUCACAAAUGCUAUUAAAUAUCUAUCUCCUCUAGCUAUAAAUUUCGAUUGGUUCUUAAAACUAGUGGGAUACAAUGAAUUCUUGCCCACUUCUGAACUUAUGAAAUAUCUGAGUGAUAAAGUAUGCGAGUCGGAAGCUAAACCAAUCUGCGAUGAGAUGCUCAAGUUGAUAUAUGGGUGGGAGCCAAAGCAAAUGAAUGAGACGAGACUUCCAGUUUAUCUGUCACAUUAUCCAUCCGGAACUUCAACUAAAAGUAUAGUUCAUUUUGCUCAAAUGGUGGAGUCGAAAAAAUUCCAAAAAUACGAUUAUGGAAAGCACAAUAUGGAUCAUUACAACCAGGAUACGCCUCCUGAAUACAACGUCACAAAGAUAACCACUCCCACAGCCCUUUUUUGGGCAACGGCUGAUUCAUUGGCCGAUUUCAUUGACGUCAGCUUGCUCGAGAGGAGACUGAAAUGUCUUGUAUUAAGCUACUGUGUACCCAACCGGGACUUUAUCCAUGGAGAAUUUGUGUAUGGUAUCCAUGCUCCUGAACUUGUAUACGAUGAAGUUAUUUCAUUAAUGCAGAAAUAUCGUUGAUUUUUUUUGCGAGAAGGGAUUGUACGAAUUGCUGAAAUAACAUAUUUGUUGUACUAACGCAGGAUACUCCGCAAUGACCACCUUUAUACAUAUAUUAAGAACCAAAACCAGUUUGAUUACCUGGUGUAGCUUGAAGGGCCAUUCCAAUAUUUCGGGUUUUGUGAUUUGCUAAUUUCUGCUGACAAGGUAGGAGAAUGACAUAUUCUGCUGACAAAUGAGCAUUGCUUACAUAAAACACAAAAAUCUCCGGUUUUUUUUCGCUUUUUUUUUUUAAGAAAGAAAAUUUAAAUGCAACAAAAAAAUUUGGAACACUGGGAGCAUUUAAAUUAAAUUAACAAUUUUUUUUUUUUUUUUUUUUUUUAGGUAACUUCAGUAAAAUUCAAAUUUAAAGCGAAAACUUUUUUACGUAAUCCUAAAAAGGUUUUUUUAAUUUUUUUUUUAAAAAAGUGGGAGGGGUCAUCAAAAAAUACUAAAAUAUUCGUGAUAGCAGCGCUGGAAUACGCCAUCUAGGGAGAAGACCUGUUCUAUGGCUUGACCCUUCCCUCUCCUCCUUUUCUCUGUUGAAUAGGAAUGUGCUAAGACAUUUUCCCCUUUCUUAAUAUUUUUCGUAUUUAAUUGUCACAUAUAUUUUUUAAAAUUUCCUCGACUCCCUCUUUUGAAACUAUGUUCAAUGUAAUUUUGAGUUCCAUAUAGUUUCUUAACUUAAAAGUUUUUAAUAUAUUUGAAAAUCAAGACAGAAACUAACGUAUUCUUUCUCCCAUGACUCUCCACACGCUAAUGGUGAAAGCAUGCGAAGUGUUGCUUAAUAUGGAGAAUUCUGCUCUAAGCCACCUGUAGCUCAUUUCAAUCGGCAAUAUUUAAACGGCCCCUUUUUAAUCUUUUUUUAACUCAUAUCUGUUUCAUCCGGCAAUCAAACAAGUUUCUAUGUCUUCAGUCCCUCCAUCCACUGUAGUGAUUCCUUAAACUUCGAUAACCAUUUCCUUUUUUUCUCGUUCAACAUCUUGCUGAACACUCACAUAAUUUUAAUGUUUCCUUUCUAGUCACAAAAUAUUUCAAAUCUAACAGAGAUUUUUACAACAAUUAACUAAAGAAUGAUGUUAAUCUUAGUUGAACAAUAAUAUAAUGAAAAUAUUAGUGUACAUUAAAAUGCAACAGCCCUAAGUGAGUCUACAAUAUAUUCAUUUAUGACCCUAAAUAUGCAUACUGUAUUUUCACUCCAUUUUGAAAAUUGAAUUCUUAAAAUAUAUGUGAAGGGUGGUCAUUACCAAACACUCUGUACCUCAUCCAUGUUUUACUUGCACUUUGUAUGUCCUAUUAUUGUCUCAUCAUAAAUGUCAAAUAUCAUUUCCCAUUUCAUUAUGAAAAAUAUUAAAAAUAUGUAUUGUUAAGUCUUAUUUUGUAUUAUAUUUUUUUGGAAAUAAAAGUAUUGUUUCCGCUU